CCUGCUCAGAGCACAUGCUCAAAAAUGUUUGAGUUUCUUUCAGUCACCCCUUUUUGACAUGCUGCUAAGAGAAAGGAAGACAGCACCUGUGUGGACUCUGAAGACGCAACUGGCGACCUGAGACGGGACCUGGAUCAUCGGAGGGAUUAGAUAAAGUUGCCUUUUUUGCACUUCAGAACCAACAAAACUCCCUCAACACGACAUUAAGUCCGAAGCCAAAACAGGCUCCACCAAACUAAACAUGAGCAAACUGGGAGAAAAAGUCAAGCAAACAAAGGGAAGAACCCGAGCAUAACUCCGUUCAAGACGACGCCUUCCGUCAUGAAUACAGACUAUAUUUGGCUUAGCGAGGGAAAAUAAUGCGGUGUCUGGCUUUAACGUAUAAAAAGUGACACAGGAUCCGCCGAAUGGUUGAAGCGUUUCGGUGCAAAGCCGUGUUUUGAGGGACCUCAGCAGAGCGAACUAAUAUUCCUCACGUGCACCUAACAGCAGGAAACUGCCAUAUGCGCAGCUCCCUUUAUGUCACACUGGAGUUAUGAUCUUCAAGAUAAAGAGCAGAUUUUUUUUGGGCUGAAAGAAAAAUAAUCUGCGGGCUGGAGAUUUAGAAGCAGACGGGGAGAAUGCUCUGGUGACCAAAAAUAGCGGAGGAGGAAGAUCUACGUCUGAGAAAAGGGGGGAAAAAAAGGAGUAUUAGAGAGAUGCAAAUAAGGAAGACUGGGCUGUUUUCUCUGCUUUCUUGGCCAAGAAGAGCUGGGAAAUUGCACAAUUUUUGUGGCGGUUGUCCAGUGGAAGUCAUCUGGGGAACAUUGCCUAGAGGGAGGCUUGGUUAGAUAGUUAGGAGAUGACACUUGAUGAAGACAAAAGCCAGAGCCGUUUUAUUUUCUGACAAACUUCAGCUGCCCACAUAAAACACUUGGACAGAUCCGACUGGAAAAUCAGUCGCCAUUUUUUUUAUUUUCUGUGCAUACCAGUCAGGAGUAAAACUUUUUUUUUUUAAAAAAGGACUGUUUCAUCUUAAGAAGAAGGCGCCAACUGGGACAAACGCUCCAAUUUGAAGGGACUAUUUGCUUGGCUGCAGAAGAGUCACUUGAACUCUGGAGUAAAAAAAAAAGAUGGAGAUGGAGCAAGGACACAUGUCUCUGCGUCGGGGAGUGAGCUGGAGUUCGGGAGGAUUGACAAAACCUCAAGACACGGCAGGGAGGGAGAGCCCAGGCGCAACGCCGGAAACGACAGGAACCAAGACGGACCAAAUGAGCAGCAAAACAAAUUUAACCAGGAGUGUCAGCCUGUCUGAAAAGGAACUGAAAGAGGCUCGCCUAAAGAGUCACAUCAUUGCUGCUCAGCUCACCGUGCCUUCCAACUCCAGCUCCAGAGGCGUGCAACUCUUCAACCGGCGCAGGCAGAGAGUCAGCGCCUUCACACUGGAAAGCAGCGGAGAGGCGUCAAAGGACAACAUCGCCAGGAAUGUGAAAGACAACCCCUCAUGUAACAAACUGACAUGGGCAGAGAGGAGUCGUGAGGAGAAAGAUAGAGACUUGAACUAUAAGAAUUGCACUUCUAUCAAGCCAUUAGUGCCUACUGGGACUCUACCAGGAGCAGGUGAUAACAUGGAAGAGCAAGGUGACCAUUAUCAAAAAGAAGAUGACACUGAGCACACUUUUAUGCAAGACAGACAUUUCCUCCCUGUAAAGGAGGUGGAGGAGCAAGAAGAUGAGGACGGGGAUGACAAAGUCAAGAAUGAGCUCCCGCCUGGAAGAGAAAACACUAAUCCAAUCGUCAUGAGUCUUGUUGAAAGUGAAACAGAGACAAAUGAAGGUCACAUGGUGCCAUCUCCCCUGGGAAAACUUCCCAAUGGCUGCCACGGUACUGAUGGACCUGACAGGAUAUUUGUUUCUACAUCGAAGCAGAACACUAUCAUCAAUCGCACUGCCAGGCCUUUUUUCUCACCACUGACGGUGCAAUCCCAAGAGGCCACCAACGCCAUCAUAGACAGCCUCCCUGCUCCUUCUGCCUUUACUGCUCCCCAGCCGGUGGCAAUGUCACCGCCACCACCUCCUCCUCCGGCAUAUCCCACACCUCCCCUACCAGCCUUCACAAACAAGCCUCCAAAGACUGAAUACUCUACACCACCUGUCAUGUCUCAAACCUCCUCUUUUCAACCCCAAUUCCCUGUAUCUACUUCAUCUCAGACUGCUGCUUCGAUCCCAGUACCGCAUUAUGGACCCCCCACAGCCCCAAAGCCUUUUAGCUUUGUUCCCCAACCCAUUGUGGAAAGAAAGUCAACACCGCCGAUAAAAACAGGAAUACUUGAGGAUAAUGCCACCAGACGAGCAGGUAAAAAGUCAAUGUUCACGUUUAAAGAGAAGGCGGUUGUAGCACCGAACCCUGAGCUGCUCUCUUUAGUGCAGGGGGUGGAUGAAAAGAAGAAACAUAGACACAGAGCUGUGCCUGAACCAUCAUCUGAGGAGGAGUUAUUGGCCCUUGGGGCAGAGGCAUCCAACUUUCUUGCAAAAGAGGAAAGCGAAGCUGAAGAAGCCAAAGCUCCAGAAUGGACCUCCUGUCUUAAGAGCUCCAGAACGUACACAAAGGUAGAGCAUAAACCAGAACACACCCUGAAUGAUGCGUCUGGAAAGGGUGCAGAGCUGUUUGCCAAGCGUCGGUCCAGAAUGGAGAAAUACGUAGUUGAGACUCAGAACACAGGUCACCAUAUAAGAUCGCCGUCUCCUACAAUGUCUCUGCCACCAUCUUGGGUUUACCCAUCAAACAUGCCAGGUAGGGUCAAGGCUAUUGCUAAAAACUCAGAUAUGUGUGCUCAGCUUGCGCACAACAUAAAGAUUCAACAAACCACCAAGCCAAAACCAAGACAAACAACACCAGCAUCAGAACAGGUUCAAGAGGCGCCUCCCCUAGAGAAUGGUUGCUCCAAGAUAGAGAUGGAUUUGUCAAGACAUCGGCCCUACCAGCUUAACUCUUCCCUCUUCAUACUGAAGCCUGUCAAGGACCCGUUGAGUACACUACCCAAAGGAGCACCACAGUCCAGGCACCAGAUGUCACCUCAGUCGUUCUCUAGACAGACUUCCUUGCCCAACAACCCUGUCUCUCACUUUAGCGUCCCGUGUAAAUCUCCCUCACUCCCUCUUGGCCACACCACAGGAGCAGAGUAUCCAGCAUCAAGUUCAGCUUGUGGGCAGCCUUCAGCCGCUUUUUCUCCAGGCCGUGUGCCGUCUCCUCGGAUGGGAAUUCAAGCACCGAGGCCAAGAUUUUCUGCCAAAAAGGCCGGGCUUGAACCACAGAAACCGAAGGAGUUCUACACAGUUGAACCCCCAAGUGGCACACAGCUUGGCCUCACAAAGAAGUCCAUCAGCACAGAUGGUCCAACAUGGACAUCCAGCCUUCAAAUUAACCGCCCCUCCUCGACUAUCCCCAUCCGAUCAGUCACUUCCCCUGUUCCGUUUUCCAGUAAUAGAAGCCAGUCUCCAUUGGGUCACCAAAAUGUCAAGCUUUCCACUCUUUCGUCCGUUUCCAGGCAACCCCAGACAUCCGCGUCUCCAUGCUCCCCCCCAUGGGGAUCAAGGUGCCAGUCCCCAAUGGUUGGCCAGAAUGCCCAAUUUACCACCAAUUCAUCUGCUCAUGAUUACAAGCCCCAAACAUCAAAUUCUUCUCGUUCUCUUCCAUGGGGUUCAAGAUGCCAGUCCCCCGUGGUCAACCCGAAAUCUUCAAAUGCUCCGCACCUUUUAUCUAGAACAUCUACAAGCACUUCCCCACUCUCUCCACCUAGGGGAUCUAGAUGCCAGUCGCCUGUGGUGGGCAUGAGUAGCCACUUCUCUACCCUCUCCUCAGUUUCUUCAUCCAGACCUUUUCAAACAUCUGCAAAUGCAUCUCAGCAUUCUCCUCCUUGGAGUCCAAGGUGCCAAUCACCAAUGAUCAUUCAGUCUUCGAGACCUUCCAAACCAGUGACAACCACUUCUCCUGUCUCUCCACCUUGGGGCUCACGCUCCCAGUCGCCUGCGCUUUCUCAUAGUAGUGUGUCCUUCCCUUCUGCUCACCGCCUGUCCAUAUCCUCUGCAUCCUCUCCUCUACCCCUACCCAGGGACAGUCGCUGUAUGUCUCCAGUCAAUAAUAAUCUUGACUCCAAGGCCAAUCAUCGAAUCUUGGCAAAAAACAUCAUUAAUGCAGCCAAACGUAAAAACAGCCCUUCUCCAGGUGCACUGAGCGGUCACAGUCUUCCCAUAUCACCUGUGGGAUUUUCCCACCAUGGCUAUGAUUGCAAACCUCCCAUGAACUCCUUCCAGUCACAGCCACUGGGUGCCCGGUCGCCAACAUUCACCAGUCCCCCACCAACACCAACGCAGAGGAUCUGCUCACCUGUGAGGUUCUACAACACACGCUCCCUCACUGAUUCUGACGCCUCCAUUGAGUCAGAGGACUCGGGCCUGCGGUCACCUGGCAUGCAUUCUUACAAUACUUGUCCCCGCGGCUGGGGUGGAAGUUUGAGGGUAAAGAAAAGCGCCAUCUCUACUGACCUGUAAGAUCCUGAUUUUUGCUUCCAUAGACUUGACCGGCAUUAGACUUUUCUUAAACACACACAAUUACCGACACGGACUCGGAACAUGAAAAUGUUGAUUCAUAAUGCAAUUAUUAUUGUGUCUUAUGCUCUUACAAUGACAAGAACAAGCUUUUUUACAUACAGUUGUGGUAGCUUGUACGCUUCCAGCAUACCAAAAGUGCACACUCAAAAUAACCAAAGAUAAUUUUUUUGUAUUCACUUUAAAUGUUAUACUUUGCAGGCUCACAACAUGCAUACCUGGCUAUAGCUCAUUAGCAUUGAUAGAUUAGUUUUGAAUGUUAUAAUCAUUGUUUACUGGCCUGACAAGAGUCAAAACGCCAAUACUUUUACACUUCAAGACACAACAAAUGCUUGAAGUGAGGAAUGUGUAAAACAAACUAAUAAACCGUACGCUACUUUAAAGAAACAUCUUCAUUCUACUGUUCACCACAUAUUGGAGACUGUUCAUUGUUUUAAUACAGUAUUUUUUAAUCACAAAUGACUGAAGAAUUUAUCGCAUACUGCUAUUCUAGUUAAUAUAAAAUUGCAAUACAUCGUGCAGUAACCAAUGUAACGUAGUGUACUUGUUUGUUGUUAUACUGCCUUUAUUCAAAUGAAUGUACAUUUUAUACAGACGCAGCAGGCAUCAAGAAGGUAGUAAUGGGAGUGGAAAAGGGAUGUGAAUCAUUGAUACGUCAGUUCGAUUAAACUAGAAUAGCUCCUUUUGCUAUAUUUGCAAUUAACUUGUUUUAUAUGAUUUCCUAAAUGUUUAAAGGCUGUCUGAAAUGCAGGUUUAGGGGUUUAAGAGACUAUUAUUCAUAAGGAAUUAAUGGGCAUUUGACUAAUUUAGCGUGACUAUUGGGAAAAAUCAAAGUACAAAAAAAUCGUUUUUUGAUUUCUAAAUAUUUAUUAGGACAAUAUCGGAUUAUCUUGGAUCAACUCUUGUUAACGAUAGUGUUGUACUGAGUAAAAUAAUGCUGCCUGAAGGGGACAUAGUGCAACUUCCUAAAUGAGAGCCAGCGUCACAUACCGUGAACAUUUUUUGUGUAGCCCUGACAAAACAAAAAGACCAAAAACAAAUGUCCAAAGCAGUGGAGGUAAUGUUUACUGUAUUUUUCGGACUAUAAGUCGCAGUUUUUUUUCAUAGUUUAGCGGGGGUGCGACAUAUACUCCGGAGCGACUUAUGUGUGAAAUUAUCAACACUUUAUCGCAAAAUAUCAAAUAUUAUAUAUCUCAUUCGCGGAAGAGACGAAGAAAAUGUCAGUAAUCGUCACACACACGUCAACCAAUAAGAAUUUGGCGGGGGAGGGUCAUGGCAGAAGUGCAUUGUGGGUCAUGGAAUGCUAACUGCUAUAUGCUAUAUGCUACUGCCGUAGCUAUUAAAAUGGAUCAUUUCAACGUUGGCGGUAACUUAUAAAAACUGAGAAGGGCUGAAUAAAAAUUGGACCGAAAAGGAAAUCAUGUACUGCAGAUUACAAGCUGGACGUAGUGAAAUAUGCAGCAGAAAACGACAAAAGGAAGCGGCGCAUACCUUUGGAGUUGGCAGAGUUGUUUAGAAGCGACAUCGAGGAAGAAGAUUUCAUUGGAUUUAUCGAUUAGGAGUGACGGAUUGUUUGGUAAAUGUAUAGCAUGUUCUAUAUGUUAUAGUUAUUUGAAUGACUCUUACCAUAAUAUGUUACGUUAACAUACCAGGCACGUUCUCAGUUGGUUAUUUAUGCGUCAUAAAACGUACACUUAUUCAGCCUGUUGUUCACUAUUCUUUAUUUAUUUUAAAUUCCCUUUUAAAUGUCUAUUCUUGGUCUUGGAUUUUAUCAAAUAAAUUUACCCCAAAAAUGCGAUUUAUGCAACGUAUAUAUGUUUCUUUCCUUCUUUAUUAUUCAUUUUAGGCCGGUGCUACGUAUACUUCGGAGCGAUUUAUAAUCCGAAAAAUACGGUAUUAGACCAAAAAACUAGUUGAGACUGAUUAAACAGCGCCUUUACUGGUGGUAGCCAAAUAUUGCACUCUAUUUUGAUUCAAAAUGACAAUCCAUUUCACAAAAUCAACAAAACAAGUUGAUCAAAUUAUUCAAGAUCAUUUUGAUGUAUUAUUUAAUAUUUUUUGGAAAUUUGAUAAUAGUGACAAACAAAAAAAGAACAUUUCUUAAUAUUUAAAUUUGUCAUUAACUUGAAACACACCAUGCGUUCCCUUUAAAUUCAUGUUUCCUUUUACAGGCAACAUGAUUUGCACUUCCUCUCCCUUUCAUUACAGUUAAGAAUAGUUAAUUCCUGUUUUGAUUGUCUUCGAUGUCUAAAUAGUGAUGGUAACAGCCCAAUCCAGGUCACAAACAAAAUGGAUGCAGUUGGCCCAAAAUGUGGCUGCCUUCUGUUUUAAGCAUCCACAUGCUGCAAACUGUCCUUACACCAUUGCCAUAUUUCCCAGUCAUGUCUCAGCAAACACAGCCGAUCACACACCUGAGCGUGUUUUGAGAGACAAGGACACCUGCGUGGUGUUGACCUUCAGCAGGAUUAAACCCAUCACUGUCAUGGAUCGGUUUCAGCAACCAUUGCUGACACCCUAAAGACGGAGCAUAUUGCAAGUCAGACUUUUUGCGAGCAUUUCUUUUUGGAACUGCAUUUUUAUACAACUAUACGUUCCAUAAUUGCAUGAUGUCGGACAUUCGAUGAAUAAUAAAGUGAUGACACACAA